AUAUAGCAAGAAUAAUGCUCGGUUAUUACAGAUUCCUCUGUAUCACUUUUCAAUUUAUUAUAGUUAAAUUCAAGUCAUUUCAUUUUAUUUUAGCUCGUUACAGUUCAGUUUAGUAAAUUUCAUUUCUAAAACAUAGCCUAAAAUCUAGUUAAUCUUAUUGUAUUAUUUUUGUUGUUCUUUGAAUCCAAAAUGACUAACUAUAACAGAGUAUGUAUAGAUAGAUUUCCUAUAAAGUUUUAUGUUAAAAAUAAGAUAUUAAAAUAAAGCAAAGAUAAGUUAAAAAAAACAACUAUUAAACUCAUUGUUGAUUUAAAAUGACUUAAACAAAUGACGACUUUUCUAAGCUUGUAGCUAGCUACCAAACAGAUUGAACAUCCUUAGAAGUUUGCACAUAUCCCCCAGUCGUUCAUCCUCUUACUACUCUCCAAAAGAAAAAUAAAUCACCUUUAAAAGUUUGCGAUAAUCUUUACGGUUUAAGAAUAUGGAGAGCUCAAACUCGAACUCGAGCUACAAAAAAAAGCCUCAUGCAAUACUUGUACCACUUCCACUACAAGGCCAUGUCAUCCCAUUCGCUCAGCUAGCCAUCAAGCUAGCUUCCAAAGGUUUCUCCAUCACUUUCAUCAACACCAACCACAUCCACCACCAAAUCACCUUAUCCAACGCCACCGCUUUACAAGAAAGCGGUGGCAAUAUCUUUGUCGGGGCCAGGAACACUUCUGGCCUCGACAUAGAAUAUGUAACGGUUUCGGACGGGUUACCUUUAGAGUUCGAUAGGUCAUUGAAUCAUGACGAGUGGGUUGGGGCAAAUACUUAUACCUUCCGAGCUCAUUUGGAAGUGGCUAUGGCUAAGAUCGUGAGAUCUCGAUCGUCGGUUCGUUGUUGCUUGGUUGCUGAUAGUUACUUUGUUUGGGCGUCGAAGUUGGCUAGCAAGUUUGGAAUGAUUCAUGUUUCGUUUUGGACUGAGCCUGCUAUGGUGCUUGAUAUAUAUUUUCACCGUCACUUGCUUCAGCAAAAUGGCCAUAUUGGACCUGGAUCAAGUUUGCGGAAGGAUAUGAUAGACUACAUACCAGGAAUAAGUUCACUCAAACGGUCAGAUUUGACAUCAUAUCUUCAAGAAGAAGACUUGACAACAAUGCAUCCUCAAUACAAUUUAUCAUCAUUAGACGACACAAAACGAGCCCAAUUUAUACUUGGUAAUACAAUCCAAGAGUUAGAGGCCCAUACCAUUUCAGCUAUUCAGGCCCAUGUUCCAUUCUAUGCAAUUGGGCCUAUAUUUUCACCUGGAUUCACUAAAAGCCCAGUGGCCACUAGUUUAUGGGCCGAGUCAGAUUGCACCCUUUGGUUAGACUCUAAACCUCUUGGCUCAGUUUUAUAUGUUUCAUUUGGUAGCUAUGCACAUCUUAGCAAGGAGGAUAUUGAGGAGAUAGCUAAUGGAAUCAAGCUUAGUGGGGUGAACUUCCUUUGGGUGAUUAGACCGGAUAUGGUGAGUUCUAAUGAUGUGGACCCGCUUCCGGUUGGGUUUAGGGAUGAGGUUCGUGGUCGUGGGAUGAUCGUGACAUGGACUUGUCAGAAAGCGGUGUUAUCUCAUCGUGCAAUAGGAGGGUUUAUAACACAUUGUGGUUGGAACUCGGCAUUAGAGAGUGUAUGGUGUGAAGUUCCAUUACUAUGUUUUCCAUUGUUGACGGAUCAAUUUACUAAUCGUAAACUAAUGGUGGAUGAUUGGAAAAUCGGGUGUAAUCUUUGUGAAGAGAAGUGUGUGACAAAAGAAGAGGUGUUGCUAAAGGUAAAGGAUUUAAUAGGUGGAUCUUUAGGGAAUGAGCUCCGUUGUAGGAUCAAGGAGAUCAAGCAAGAAUUACAAAAUGCAAUGAUGAUAGAUGGAUCUUCGGAGAAAAACAUUGAUAGCUUCAUUAAGGAAUUGAAUAUAGAUAUUGAGAACAAACUUGGUUAAAUUUAUGUAUGAGUUUGAGGAUCAAGUCAAUCUAAAGCUUAAACGGAUGGAAAUUGGAAACUUAUAAUUGAGGCCCAGGAAUAAUAUGUUAUAUACUCUAUCAGAGCGUAAUUGUAAUUUGUCUUUGAAUUUUAUUUUUAUUUCAUUUUUAUUUUUUGUUUAUUUCUAUU